AUGGAGCAUAACUUGAAGUCUUUAGUCUUAAAGUUAGGGCUUGUCUUCUCUGCCGUUAUUAAAAUCACAAAUGCGGCCGGUGCUCCAUCAUCUUCAGACUACUUUGUGCGCUAUUUACCCGGUCUUCCUGAUCAUGCUGAUCUCAAAAUGCAUGCUGGUAUGGAUGGUGUGUUUCUUGAAUCUGGUCCCUGGAGAAUAAAUAAAAACCAGACAUUAAGUUUGAUCGAUGGUGCAUGGAACGAGUAUGCUAAUGUGCUUUAUGUUGAUCAGCCUAUUGGGACAGGCUUCAGUUUUGCGAAUAGUAAUAGUUAUUUAAGUAACGUAACACAGAUUCCUGGUCAAUUUUUACUAUUCCUUGAUAAAUUUUUUGAAAUAUUUCCUGAAUAUGUUAAAGAUGAAAUGUAUCUUACCGGUGAAAGUUUUGCGGGUACAUUUAUACCUUAUAUAGCUUCAGCUGUCUUAAAGCGUAAUAGUGAAAGAAAAAGUUCCGUUAAUCUAAGAUACAAUCUCAAAGGAAUAGCUAUUGGUAAUGGAUGGAUCGAUCCUAUCGCACAAUACAAUGCAUAUUAUACCUUUGCUUUAGAACAUAAUCUCUUAGAUGAAGAACAUAAGACUCUUACCAAGAAUCAGCUUGAUAUUUGCAUGAAAGCUCAAAAAGAAAAGGUCAGAAUUCAUUCAGAUGUCGUUGGAAAAAAAGAAACUUGCAUAAAUCAAUAUGAUAUUCGAGACCAUUCUGAUUCAUAUCCUUCAUGUGGAAUGUCAUGGCCUUAUGAACUUGAUACUGUUUCUACAUACUUGCGGCGUUCUGAUGUUAUCGGAGCUAUUCAUGCUAGUGCUCAACAAAUUGGCUGGAUAGAAUGUAAUAAUGGUGUAGGUCGUGGCUUUAAUAAUGAUCCAAGUCCACCUUCAGUUCAGUUAUUGCCUUCUAUUCUAAAACAAAUUGAUGUUUUAUUGUACACCGGAGAUCAAGAUCUCAUUUGUAACCGAAACGGUAUAGAAGAUUUGAUAAAGGGACUGGAAUGGAAUGGUGCUAAAGGUUUUCAGAAUCUUACCGAAACCCCCUGGUUUGUCAAUGAUAAGCGUGCUGGGCAUAUGAUAUCAGAACGAAAUCUCACAUAUGUAGUAGUUAAUAAUGCUAGUCAUAUGGUACCUUAUGACCAACCGGGUGCUAGUAUGGCCAUGAUGUAUUGGUUUAUUGGGCUAGAUAAACAUAUUACAACAAAAUUUUCAUCCAAAUUUGGAUAUGGGUUAGAUACCAACGUUGCUACAACUCCGAGCGCAAAUGGCACAAUUUACAAUGAUUGGGAUGGUGAUGUAUUGAAUCGAUAUUACAAUGCGGGAACUGCUACACUUAUCGUCGUUAUUUGUGGUGUCAUUGCUUUGGCUGUCUUUGUAUUUCGUGGAAGGUUUAGACGUAGGAAAAGUGUUAGCCAAGCAAUGAAAGCCGCUGUAGAAAGUUCAGACAGUGAAAUGGCGGAACUUGUUAUCGAAACUCCACUAAAUUCGGAGGAUAUUGAUCAUUUUGGGGAUAGUGAUGAAGAGGAAGAUCAACGCACAAAAAUCAAUAAGAUUGAUAUGAAUCCUGAUAAUAAUGGAUGGAACAAUCCUGAAUCUCAGGCAAAAGCUUUUCAUGAAGCUGCUGAUAUUGCAGGAGUAGGUUGUUCUUCACAGAAACGAAGCAUUUACUUACCGGUAGUUUGCCAACAAAAACCUCUCUGCCCAGAUUUUUUAACUGCUCAACCGGCUCCUCAUACAGAACCAGUAUAUCUUGGCGCAGAGAAG